AGUUACACCUUAGCAACGAUAAGAUAAACAUGGAUUUUGCAUCUGUGCAAGUGCUACUGAAUAUUUUACCGCAACAAAUCUUUAAAGAUAAUAGCAGUGAAACUAAAACCAAUACAAAACCAUCUGAUAUCGAGCUAUUGUGUAAAUGUAUAAGAUCCAUUAAUAACGAUAUUAAUCUUGUGAAAGUGGAAAAUUUGUUAGAAAAAUUACGAAGAGAAGAAAGCGUUAGGAAAAAUAGUAAAGUAAGAAAUGUAAUUUUUAAAUCUCUAAAAGUUAUUUUUCUAAAUACAACAAGCGCAGAAAGAUUGUUUGUUUUUGACCAAUUAGUAUGCUGCAGCUAUGAUUCUAUUACUCAAUCACUGUUACAACACAAACAUCUCGAGCUUUUGAUGACCCUAGAAGAGUUUAAAGAUAUUAUACGAAGCUACUUGCCCUUGGCAAAAUUGGAAGUGGUAUUAGACCAAAUUUCCUCUAGUAAAAAGUCAGCACCUGUUGAAGAAGUUCUUCAAGAACUGGUAGAAUACUUACAAAUACCACAAAUGUUAAGAGAAGAUGUGUAUGAAGUACUCCGGAAAAGAAUGAAACACAAAAAUUACAAACUUUUAACAUACUAUUUAGAAGAUAUCAAUAUCAAAGAUGGUAAUCUCAGUGAUUAUCUAAAACUUGCAGUAUCAAUAGAAGAAGAAAAAAGGAUUAUUAACAUCAAGUUUUUUAUCAAGUUAUUGCCGUUAAAAAUGUUAUAUUUCCAAGAAAUGUUGACACCACAAGGUUUCAAAAAAGAGAUCCUGUUCUACAACACGUUUGUUCCAAUAGCAGAACAGCUAGGUAUGACUGAUAUGGAUUUCUUACCGAAAUGUUAUCUGGUAAAAAAAGACUUGAUUGUUUUAAAUGACCUCUCCGUACAGGGGUAUUCAUCUACAGAAGAGAAAUUUUUUGAUUACGAACAUUUAUCUUUAGUUAUAAGGCAGUUGGCGAAGUUGCAUUCCUUGUCGUUUCUCAUAGAACAUAGAUUAAGUAAAGUUCUAGGAGAAAAUAUUAAGAUUGAUGAAUACUUUAAAGACCUGACCGAAGAAUAUCAUAUUCUUCCAAAUGAAUUAAAUGAUACUCAUAUACAAUACGCAGUGUCUGAUUUGGAAGCAUAUUCUUAUCUAUCCAAACAUAUACCUAUUGGGGAGUUUAAAAGAAGGGCCAAAAUCAAGUUAAAUCAAGUGUAUUCUACGGUUAAAAAGUCUGAUAGCUUUAGAAAUGUUAUUUCUCAUGGCGAUAUAUGGAAGCCUAACCUUUUCUUUACAUGGGGCUCGAAUAAACAGCCCCAACACUCGGUUAUUAUAGAUUACCAGUUGCUCAAAUACUGCCCUCAAGCCAUCGACAUUCUUAUGGUAACUUAUGUAAAUGCUACCAAAGAAACAAGAGAUCAGUAUAUGGAUCUUCUUCUCGAACAGUACCAUAGUGAACUAAAAUCAACUUUGGGACAAUUUGGUAUGAAUAUUGAACUAAUUUCUCCUUUUAAGGAUCUAAAACAGAGCAUACGGGAACUGAAAGUACAUGGUAUCUUCCUUGGGAUGUUGUAUAACAAAUUUAUGGGACUACCAAAAGAAAAACUAGGGAACAUUCUAAAAGAUCCUGCGAAAAAUAAGCAAUUCUGGACCGAUGUCAACUAUAGAACAGAAGUUCUGAAUUUGAUGUGGGACGACGUAAAUGAAGAAUGGAAAAAAAAGUGCGAGGAAAAUAUAGUAGAGUUGUACGAAUUAUGUAUGUCGACAUAAAAUAUGUAAAUUUUUUUUUAAUAUUUUAGUACUUAGUAUAAUAUUUUUGUAGCCAUUUUUAAAGUUAUGAAUUCUGUGAAAAACAUAUUCUAGAUUAAUAAAGUACUUGUUUAUAUGUUUACUCUGAAGUUUAUGAUUUAUUAUUGUAAAAAAUAAGAAAAAAAAACUGUUGUAGAUUUAUGUGAUCAAGCAUGUUUGCUAAAUAAUUUAUGAAUAGGGUCAAGUGGUGCAAAAA